CAUCUACAUCCCUGCUUUCCUUGACCAGAGAGAAAGAAUGCCUCAGGAGACCCCCCUCCCCCGCGCGGCUGGCGUUGUGCUGCACCCCACGGCGCUGCCGAGCCGCUAUGGUGUGGGCGACAUGGGCCCGCCCGCCUACGAGUUCGUCGACUUCCUCGUCAAGUCGGGCCUCAAGUACUGGCAGGUCCUCCCCCUCGGCCCGACCGACGCCGUCAUGGGCCACUCGCCAUACAUGACCCUCAGCACCUUCGCCGGCAACCCGCUGCUCAUCAGCCCCACCAAACUCGCCGAGGCGGGCUACCUCAACCACAGCGACCUCACGCCCCUCCCACCCGCAGGACCAGGCAAGGACGCCACACACAUCGACUUCGACGCGGCAGUGCCCCACAAGAUGAAGCUCUUUCGCAAGUCGUUUGAGCACUUCAAGGGCCAGGGCGGGCUCAGUUCGCGGCGGUUCGUCGACUUCAGCAAGGCGCAGGGCAGCUGGCUCGACACCUUCGCGCUCUUCAUGGCGCUGCGGGACGUCUACCCCGGCCAGACGUGGAACGAGUGGCCGCGGGAGCUGCGGCUGCGGACGACGAGUGCCCUCAAGGAGGCGGCGGCGACCCAUUCGGAUAGCGUCAACUUCCACAAGUACCUCCAGUUCAUGUUUUUCGAGCAGUGGGGUGCCUUGAAGCGGUACGCCAACAGCAAGGGCGUGUCGAUCUUCGGGGACGUGUCCAUCUACGUCAACGGCGACAGCAGCGACGUGUGGGGCAGCCCCGAGGAGUUCGACCUCCACCCCGAGACCAGGGAGCCGCUGGGCAUGUCGGGCGUGCCGCCAGACUACUUCAGCGCCACUGGACAGCUCUGGGGACACCCUGUCUACAACUGGUACACACACACACACACACACACACAUCUUUGUCGUAUCGCACACUCAUCAUAUCAUCCGUGUGUCUGUUUUGGGUGCCUGCCUUGGUGUGGUGCAGGGCAGAGGCGGAGCGCAACGGGUUCAAGUGGUGGGUGGACCGAUUCCGCACGACCAUGGAGCUGGUCGACCUCAUCCGCAUCGACCACUUCCGCGGCUUCGAGGCCUUCUGGCGCGUCGACGCACAGCACGCCAAGAAACACCAAAACGCAAUUGAGGGCGAGUGGGUCAAGGCGCCGGGGUGGGCCCUCUUCGAGACCAUCGCCACACAGCUCGGCUGGAAGGAGCCCGGCCGGGCGUGCGAGCCCUUCGAGCUGCCCGUGUGUGCAGAGGACCUCGGCCUCAUCACUCCCGAGGUGGAGGCGCUGCGGGACCAUUUCGGGUUCCCGGGCAUGAAGGUGCUGCAGUUCGCCUGGGGGGGCGACAGCAGCAACAUACACCUGCCGCACAAUGUGGCCGACAACAGUGUGGUGUACCCCGGCACGCACGACAACGACACGGCGCUGGGGUGGUGGCAGCGGGCAAGCGACAAGGACAAGCAACACGUCGCCGAAUACACUGGUGGGGUGGGGUGGACGGGGCGAGAAAAGGCGGAAAGAAACCACACACGCGCAAUCAACACAUGGCGGUAGUGUUGGUGCGCGUGAUGAGAUGCGUGUUGAUUGUAUUUCGCCAGGGUUGGGGUCUCCCGCGAGCGUGAGCGAGCCGUCGUGGCUGCUGAUCCGGAUGGCUUUCGCGAGCCGCGGUCGGCUGGCCCUCGCGCCGCUGCAGGACUUCCUCUCCCUCGACAACACGGCCAGGUUCAACCUCCCAGGCAGCUUCAUCGCCGAGAACUGGUCAUGGCAGAUGCCCUCCACACACUGCCUCACCUCAGCACUCGCGCAGAGGAUCCGGCGGCUCACCGAGCUCUACGGCCGCGAGCAGCCAGUGGCCGCGCAGCCGCCACCGCCAGCCAAGAGUGAGCAGCAGGCCAGUGCCGCUGGGGUGGCGGAGACCAGGAAGGUCGGCGGGCGGAGGGAUGCCUAGGUCUGUCUGUCUGGUUUGGAUGGAUGGACGGGGGCGAUUUAGAGGGAGGGAAGGGUGAGUGAUGCCUGUUUUAGGCACACCACACCCGGUGCGUGUGCGUGUGUGUGUGUGUGUGUGUGGUGGCCUGGCCGCUUCUGGCGCAGCGCGUGUUGGUCGGUUGGUUGGUGGUGGAAAUUCUUCUCUUUUUCUCGGGGUUGGUGUGAUCGAGAGACUGACUAUAAGAGAGGACAUGGCAUGCAUGGGAUGGCCGUGGGGCAAUCGAUACGUGUGUGUACCGUGCCUUGCGUACUCGUUGGCACUGGAAAG